GCAUUCAGUGUACUAAAUUUAUAUCAUCAAUGACGACUAGAGGCAAAGUUGGUAUUUGAUAUUGCAUCAACAACAUACAAGGUUUUGACUCAAAACAGAAGAAAGGAAAAAUUCCCCACAAGGAAUAAAAUUUGUGAUUAUAAAUACAUAAAACGAAUUCAGAUUCAUUCAGCAAAUUCAUCAUAUCAUAUCCUUCACUGAAGAGAGAAAAAAGAUGGGUGAGAGAAACAGGGGAAGCAACAGCAGCAGGUGGUGUUUGCAGGGAAUGACAGCACUGGUCACCGGUGGAUCCAAAGGAAUCGGAUAUGCUAUUGUGGAGGAGUUGUCACAGCUUGGGGCCACUGUACACACUUGUUCUCGGAACGAAGCUGAACUCAAUGAAUCCUUACAUGAAUGGACCACAAAAGGAUACAGAGUCACCGGUUCGGUAUGUGACGUGACGUCUGGUGCAGACAGAAAGGAGCUUAUAACCAGAAUCUCUUCUGAGUUUAAUGGCAAACUCAACAUCCUUGUAAACAACGUGGGAGCAAACGUAUGGAAAGAGGUUCUGGAUUUCACGGAGGAAGAUUUCUCAUUUGUAAUGAAUACGAAUUUGCAAUCUUCUUUCCACCUAAGCCAGCUUGCACAUCCUCUCUUAAAAGCUUCAGAAGCUGGAAGCAUCGUUUUCAUAUCCUCCAUUGGUGGUGUGGUAUCAAUAAACAUAGGAUCCGUUGUGUACAGUGCAUCAAAAGGAGCAAUGAACCACAUGACAAAAACUUUGGCGUGUGAAUGGGCGAAAGACAACAUAAGGAGUAAUUGUGUUGCACCUGGGGUAAUCAGAACCCCUGCGGCUGAAGAGUUCUUAAAAGAGGGAAAGAUUGUAAAUGCUUACAUUCCUCGAACACCUCUUGGACGGUUUGGAGAAGGAGAGGAAGUGUCUUCGAUGGUGGCAUUCCUGUGUUUACCGGCAGCCUCGUACAUUACAGGACAGACCAUUUGUGUCGAUGGCGGCUUCACCGUGAAUGGCCUCCAUAUAAGCUAGCCUGACUUAAGCUUAUUGUAACAUUUUCAGUGCUUAUGGAAUUUGCACUUUGACUGUGUUAAUGUUUGAUUUGAGGUCUAUUGUUAUAAAAGUCGGUCUCUUAUUAUUGUUGUAUUUUUUUAAACUUUCUCUUUGGCAAAAAUCUUAUAUCGGAU